AUGUCUGACUUUUGUUGCGCUACUUGCAACCAGGUCUUUCGAUCACCUGGUGGUCUCACCCGCCAUAAAAAUAUCAAACACCCUGCCAUUUCCUUUGGACCACAGAACACUGGGGAAAGUCAACAUCAGUUCAAAACACACCCACACUUUCAUGCCAAUCCAUACAAUGCACAUGGCAUUCCUGUACCUGAAAAUAAGCCCCCCAAGUCAAUUACCGAACCUCCUAUCCAUCUUGCAGAAGCCUGGAGCCCAUUCAAAAACCAUUCUACUUACAAUUGGUCACAUUUUUUUUAUGUUGAACUCAAAGCCUCGAAGGGGAAAAUCAACAAGUCUUUGGAUAUUCUAGCAGCACAGCUUCUUGAAGUUGGGGGUAGUAAUACUCCAUUCAAGGACGCACAAGCACUCUAUACAGCAAUUGACUCUAUUCAAGAAGGAAAUACUCCAUGGUUGACAUAUCAUAUUAAGUAUACUGGUGAGCUGCCAGAUGAUCCACCCCUUUGGAUGACAGAAGUUUAUGAGUUCUGUAUCCGUGAUACAUUGAACAUUCUUACGGAACAACUUAAAACGGAAGUGUUUAGUGGCCAGUUCAAUUACACUCCUUAUUGGGAGUGGAAUACUCGCAAUGAGAGAGUUUAUUCCAAUCUGCUCUCUGGGGAUUGGGUAUGGGAUAUUGCCGAUGAAAUUUCUAAAGACCCAGACCUAUCUCGCAGCACAAAUGGGGCAAUGCUGGUUCCUCUUGUUCUAGGAAGUGACAAAACAACAGUCUCUGUUGGUACGGGACAUCAAGAAUAUCAUCCUGCCUAUAUCUCGCCUGGAAAUCUAACAAAUAUUGCAAGAAGAGCACAUGGCAAUAGCGUUCUUCCUUUUAUGUUCUUUGCUAUUCCCCGAACAAAUCAAAAUGAUAGAAAGUCACAAUUAUUUCAUACUUUCUGUUGA